AUGGCAAAUACAAAUUUCAACGUUCCGAGGCGCUCAGGCACUACUAGUUCUGCAAUAACGGCCAAAACGGAGCCGACCGAUGAUGCAUGGUCGGGAUUGACAGAUCCUGUGGAGAGGCGAAGGAGGCAAAAUCGGUUGAACCAGAGAGCGCAUCGUCAGAGGAAACGAAUUCAGAAGCAUCCAUAUACCCAACCGAGUACUACGAUAGUGAAAACAUCACCACAGUCAAGUGACGCCUCUCCACCAGACACAGCAAAGUCUUCAGAUACAACAAAAUCCACAAAAAAUGGCGUGUCUCCAGUGUCCUCAGCAAGCAGCACAUCUACAACGAAACGCUGCCAAGGCAUCCAGAUACUCAGCUACCUCCAAAAAUUCAGCGAAUCCGCAUACCAAAGCUACGUCUUAGGCUGUCCAACAUCCGACCACCUCCUAACCCUCAGCAAAGUGAACGUCUUCCGCGCAUUCGGAGCAAUCAUGGCAUCUAUGGGGAUGAGCUCGGAGCUGGAAUGGAUGCACGACGAUGCAAUAUCACCAUUCAGCACGCUGCGUCCGGGAAUCGCAGAAGAUACUAAUCUCCCGCUUGCGCUUCGCCCGACGAAGCUCCAAAAGUCACUAGCGCAUCAUCCCUGGCUUGAUUUCUUCCCGCUUCCUAAAAUGCGUGACAAUCUGCUUCGCGCGGGGGAGUUUGAUGACGAGGAACUCUGCGUGGAUAUCAUGGGAUUCUGGGAUAUGUCGACGGAUAGCUGCAGUAUGCUUGUCUGGGGCGAACCCACAGACCCGAGCAGCUGGGAGGUGACGGAGGCGUUUCUGAGGAAGUGGCCGUGGAUUGUCCGGGGGUGUCCGGAGUUACUGACGUCGACGAAUCAUUGGCGAAGGAAGAGGGGGGAUGCAGUUAUCUUUCGGUAUAUCUAG